AUGUGGCAACGAACUAAGCGGGCCCCCCGAGCCUGUUAUUGGUGUCGACAUCGCAAGGUCCGAUGCGACGCAUCUAUCCAUGGCUGUCCUUGUACGAGAUGUCGCCAGGAUGGUCGACAUGACUGCACACUCGGGUCCAGAUCUGGCAGGCAUGACCAUGGAAAUGCGGCUGCAAUAGAAACAUCCGUCAAUCCCACGGCCCCUAGCAGCAUAUCAUUCUUCUUUUGCCCUUUCCUCACACUCAACGGCCUGGCAGUCCUACCUCAGGAAGAUGUGGCAUACUUGGCUUCAAAGGGGUCCUUGAGUGUUCCGGACUGGCCCACGAUCAAUGAAUUCGCAAGGCAGUAUUUUCUCAACAUUCAUCCUUGUCUUCCAGCACUGGAUGAGGCAGAGUUUUGGCGUAUCUCUGCUAACUCCGCUUCACACACAAUAUCAUUAUUUCAUCAGUAUGUUUCCUUACAAACGCUCCAAAAAUGUGGAUUCAGUGAUAGACGCAAGGCCAGAAUCAUAUUUUACGAUCGUGCUAAGCUACUGUUUGAUCUCCAAGCAGAAGAUGAUGCAUUCGCCAAAGCCCAAGGCUCUGCUCUUCUCGCCCACCACACGUCCGCUCAAGACCCCCAAGCUAGCAAUAUAUGGUUGAUGCGCGCCAUCCAAAACGCUAUGAUUGUGGGUUGCGGGCCAGGCCCUGGUGAUAGUCAGAUCAAUUUAUCCAUGAUGAAACGGCUGUGGUGGUCUAUGGUGCUGCGCGAUCGGGUUCUAUCUAUCGGGCUCCGCCGUCGUCCUCAAAUUACAUCGGUAGAAUUCAACAUGGGGGCAAACUGGCUUACAGAAGAGGAUUUCGCGGAUGAAAUAGUAAAUUCUCGAGUAUAUGAUCCGGAACUCAAGAUUGAACUUUUUCAGGUCCUGCAGGAACAAUGCAAAUUAGCGGUUCUUCUCACCGAUAUGGUCGCGCUGGUGUUUUCCUCGCAGGGGGUAUCGUCCCCGUCGCUCUCUUUAACCGAAUUCCAGGCCGUUCUCGCUGCCAUCCGCCGGAUCAAGCGGUAUCUGACGAAAUGGGAGGCUGUUUCGAUUGUUCCACCGUCUACCAGCCAUGAGACCGUUACCUUCUUUACUCAUCUGACUUGGAUGUAUUACUAUGCCGCCCGUGUUGAUCUAGCCCAAUAUGAGGCGUUGAUUAUCGAGAAGCAUUUGAGCUUCACCGGAACUAACUAUAGGGGCCAAUUGCUAGAAACUGGCGCGGACCUCCGCAAAGCCAUGACUGGUUUAACAAGUGCCAUAGAGUUUUUCUGUGGCCAGGGACGUGCAGAGCGGAUGCCUCUGAGCGUUCUGGCCUAUACCGCCGUGCCCCUCGUUCUUGCUGCCAUCGAUGUGAAGCUGUCUCCCUCGCAGGCAGAAAUGACGAUCCGAAAGCGUCGUCUCGAUCGUCUGGGGGAGAUUGUUCGACAUUCGAGAAUGCUUUAUGACGUGGCUGAUUAUGUAGCUGCUGGGACCAACCAUAUUCUGCAGUUGGCGUACAUUACUACACAAGAAGCUUUUCUACGAUGCGGAACAAACGCCAUCGGCUCCUCACAGAUGGUGAUAGAACCGCCAUCAGUCGGCAUGUCACUUGAUACUACUGCUAAAAGAGUGACGAACUGGUAUGACGCCUUCCUUAGUAGUCCUCGGGCAUAUCUGCGGAUAUCUAUAACCCUUGACUAUAGCCUUGCAACUGGCCGUCUGCCGUAUGACAAUGCACUACCCCUGCUUGUGCGUCAGACGCCCUGGGCCAAGAAGCAACAAAGGCUGCCGUGGACCAUUGGGCUGGACACAUACGACACUUCACAAUGUCCGGAGAUUGCUCCAAAUGCCAUUGGAGAGUCCAUCAGGGAAACCGCCUAUCAGGUGGAAGCCAGUUGCAGCCCGGAAGAGACCAAUGUUGGAGAGGCUGCUAUCAACCUGAAUUUCUUCGAGUUUGGUAGUCCGCAGUCGGGCGAUAUAAUGGAGAUGCAUGCACUGAGCGGGGACCCCUCUGGACAUCUAGGGACGGGUGCAUCUCUCUCCGGGAAAGAUCAAUCUGAUGAUGGUGGUUUUGGUCCUACGGGAUUUCAGUCUAUAUACACUUCCUUGCUGCGAGACUCUGUGGUUUGA